AUGCGCUCGAACCCAAGCGGGCUGGUAGCUGGACGAAGCGUCCUCGGUACUCCGUACAUGCCUGCGCGCCACCAGCACCUGCCUGUGCUCGACCCGGCAUUAGCCUCACACGCCGUCGCUGUACCUACCCGUGGCCGACGCCUGAUGGCCCGUCUGGGACAGAGCAACCGGGAACGUUCAUAUCAACCACCGUCGCCCGCCCUUCCUGGCCUGAUUCGAUCGCUGCCCGCUCGCUCCCUUGCUCACCCGACCGUCUCGAGCUGCAGCCGGCUCGCUCCUUCGCCCUCCUCGCCUGUCGGCCACCUCGCCUCGACCUCGACCUUCUCACCUCGUCCGCCUCCCCGCCUGCCUCUCCCCGCCUCGAGCGUCCCCUCUGACAGCGUCCUCCCUGCCGUUUCCCCAGAGCCAACGCUCUUCCUCCCUCGUGAGCCUCCAGCUUCGGGGCUCCCGGCGCCUGGCAUUCGCGACGACGCCUGGCCGCUCACCAGCAUGGCACCGCCUCAGACCGUGCCGUCUCCGCCGCGCCGGCGCAGCGCGGAUCGAUCGGCCGGCACCCUCACCGCCGCCGCCGCCGCUGCCGAGUCCCGCCGCAUGGCCGUCCUGCACGAGCUGUUCAUGCUUUGCCUCGACGGCCGCCUCAUGGCCGCCCGCCUUCCCAUCGACCGGCCGCAGCCGAAGCGCAAGUACACCGCGACGCAGCUGACGCCAUCCUCGUCCUCACCAUCGUCCUCGUCCAUCUCGUCCUUCUCGGCCGCCCGUUCGGCCGCCGUCCCCGACCCCGGCUACGCGUCGGUGUCGACCUCGGCCUCGGCGUCGAUAGAGGAGCCGACGACGACCAACGGCUUCCGCAUCCUCGACAUCGGUGCCGGCAACGGUCUGUGGGCCGUCCAGGUCGCCCGCCGCUACCCCUCGGCCAGCGUCCUCGGCAUCGACGUCUCGCCCGCCCUGUUCCCGAGCUCGGUGCCCUCCAACUGCAGCUUUGACGUCCUCGACGCCUCGAACCCGGACAGCUGGUCUCCCGACCGCACCUUUGACUUCAUCCACAUGCGCAACCUCAUCGGAGGCGGCAUCCACUCCUUCCAAUCGCUCCUCGCCCUCGCCUUUGCCCACCUGCGGCCCGGCGGCCAGGUCGAGUUCACCGAAGUCCGCCCGCGCUUCUUCUCCGUCGCCGAGGUGCAACCCCAGCCUCGGCAGCCGAGGGAAGGCGACGGGGAAGGCGGCGACGAGGCCGACAAGGAGGCCGACGAGGAGGCCGACGCCGGUGGCGACGCCAAGGGGGCAGGCGAGGGCAAGAUGGGCGCCGCCUACGAAGAGUACAUUCGCGCGUGGACCGACGUCGCCACCGAGCUCCAUCUCGAGUUUGACCCAACACCCAACGUCUGCGGCUGGCUCGCCGAGCUCGGCGCCCAGGUCGUCAGCGAGCGCUCCGACUGGCUGCCGGUGCGGCCGUGGGGAGGCGACGCCAUCCAGCGACGCAAGGGCGAGCUCGUCCAGGAGAUGCUGACCACCGGGCUCGAGCACUGGUCCAUCAUGAUGUUUGGCAAGGCCGGCUGGGCCGAGGCCGACACGCGUGCCUUGCUCGAGCGUGUCCGUUGCGACGUCAAGAACCCGGGGGUGCGGAGCUACGUCAAGAUAUCCUACAUCACGGCCAAGAAGCCACUGCACGACGACGACGACGACGACGACGACGGUGGCGGCGAAGCCAAGGCCGGCUGUGGCAAGGACGAGUAG